UUAUCCGUGGUUGCGACAAGAGAAGACUGUAGAUGGAAAUGGGAGGCGGAGCAGCCACGGGCGACGGCAUGGGCCACGAGAAGGAGAUGAAGAUGACGAUGCACAUGACCUUCUUCUGGGGCGAGAACGUGGAGAUCCUUUUCUCCGGCUGGCCCGGAGACCGCGGACUCGGCAUGUACCUCCUCGCCCUCCUCUUCGUCCUCGCCAUCUCCGCCCUCACCGACUUCCUCUCCACCGUCUCCCGGAGGCGCUGUGGCGGCAUGGCCGCCGUACUGCACGCCGUGCGCAUGGGGUUGGGCUACCUGGUCAUGCUCGCCGUCAUGUCCUUCAACGGUGGCAUCCUCGUCGCGGCCGUCGCCGGCCACGCCCUCGGCUUCCUCCUCUCACGAAGCCUACUCCGACGAGCUGAAUCCAAUCACGCAGACGAUACAGGGAGUGCCAGCGCCGGCCAGCUUCCUCCCUCCAAGAUAAUAAGCUCACGGUCGUAGGUGGGGGCUUGUCCAAUUCUCUUUGUAUUCCUUCCUAUAAUUCACCUGCUAAUUGCUA